AUGGAAAUGACAUUUGAUAUUAAUAAUCUUCCACUCAGUGCUCAGUCACUUUAUGAAUACAUGCGCAGAAAAGAUAUUCAUAUAAACGGCAAAAAUGUGCUCUUUCUUCAAUUAGAAUUUUUAUCUAGAUUGAAAGAUACAAAAAAAUCUCUAAAAGAGAUAUGUAACGAUUCAUGGGAGUCUGCAGAUUCAGAACAAAGAAGGUCGCUUGAUAAUAUUGCAAUUAAAUAUAAUGCUAUUUGCAGACAACGACGAAAAAGACGAUUUUUCCAUAAAUUUACUCUGGUGGCCAGUUUUUUGAAGAAGUAA